AUGUUGAAAAAGCAAUCCAAACCUGUGAUUCCUCAUCCUUUCUUCCCUCGCAAUGCAAGCAUUCCACACUAUGUACCAAACACUACAUCUAUUGAGGAACUGCUGGGGAUAUUUUUCGGUCUCCUGUUUGUGGCGUUAGUUGGUACAUGGCUAUUGACAAGCCGGAAAACACUGAGGUUCGGCGUAGGUGACCGGCUGAUUUUGUGUUGGUUCGUGGGAUGUGGGUUUAUACACACCAUCCUAGAAGGAUACUUCUGUGUAUUUAAUGAAACGCUGGCCGGCAAGGAAACCUACCUCGCUCAAAUGUGGAAGGAGUAUGGAAAGGCUGAUAGUCGUUACCUGACGUCAGAUUCCUUCACUGUUUGUAUGGAGAGUAUCACAGCAUUCCUGGUUGGACCACUUUGUUUUGGUGUUGUGUUAGCCUACGUGACAAGAAAUCCCUCUCGAUAUGUUCUACAACUGGUUGUCUCCAUUUGUCAUCUCUACGGUGACAGUUUGUAUAUGUCAAUCGAAGCUAAGGAAGGUUUUAUUCAUGGUGAAUACAACCACCCUCUACAUUUUUGGUUUUAUUUUGUCUUCUUGAACCUUUGGUGGAUAUUUGUGCCAUUGGUUUUGAUUACUCAAGCCUGUCUUAGGUUAGUAGAGGCCCAAAGGUUGUCUGAUAUCAGACCUAAUGUUACUAAUUCAAAGUCAAAAAAGAGAAAAUGAUAUCUGGAAAACUGGUACUGACAUUUAAACAUCCAUUUUUAUGUUAGCUUUGUUUUCAUCCUUCAGAAUGCUUUAAUGAUACAUUAAUUCUAAAUGUUGUAUCUUCUUUUUUCAAAAUUGCAAAAGUUUUGGUAUUCGA